UGAUUGCUCAAUCUUCGAGGCUAUGCAAUGUGUCACCAAAGAGGCAGAACCGGGCGGAGUUCCAACGGCAGCGCGCUUGCGAGAAGGGCUCUGGAAAUAGCAUCGUAGUUUUUGCUAGACAGUCGCUCUCUCGGGGUCACCUCAGCUCUGCGCUGGGAAUCUCAAAUGGACCGCAAAACGGGUUGAGUAAACACAGCUUGCAGGACUGGAGCAACUUCUCAUUUGUGCAGAGUGGCACGUUUUGUUUUAGUCCUGCUUGGUUUGGAUGAAUUGAACAGUUUGGUUUGAUCUCGUCGUCUAUAGGCAAUGGAUAAACAGCGCGUCAGAAUGUCCGAUGCAUACACUUCAUAAGCCUUACACAGGUACAAACAAAGUCAUCAGGAUUUUGUGUCUUCGGCUUUUGAAUCAGACCAUGGCAUGUGAGUGUUUUUUGCUCGGACUAUGAUUUUCUAACGAAGUCAUCCUGUGGUAUUGGUACGGAUAUUUUGUGUGCGCAGCGAACGACCGUUUGUCAGAAUGAGCGUGCAGUGGAACGUCCCUGUGCCUUGCAUCCGCACGGGAAGGUCUUGGCACAAGCGUGUGGACUCAGACGAGCCGGUAUUGAAAUGUGCCCGGCUCAGCGAGUCCUCAAGUGACGCGGGGCUUCUCGGCAGCUCUCCAGGAUCCCCCGUGAAUGUGGGUCCCUUGACAGGCACCGCGACCCACCAGGGUCCCUCCCGGGUCUGCCAGUUCCUGCUGCUGCCUUUAGCGGACCGGUCCGGGGUGCACAGCGCUCUUAACAUUGAGACGGGAGAGGAGCUGGUGUGCAAGGUGUUCGACAUGGGUCUCUACCAGGAGAAGAUCCGGGCCUAUGACCUGCUGGCAGACCACGGCCACAUAGCAGGGAUCCGGGAGGUGAUCCUGGGGGAGAUGAAAGCCUAUGUGUUCCAGGAAAAGGACUACGGGGACAUGCACACCUACGUGAAGAGCUGCAGGAGGCUGCCCGAGGAGCAGGCGGCCAGGCUGUUUCAGCAGGUGGCAUCGGCCGUGGCACAGUGCCACCACACGGGCAUCGUCCUGGGAGACCUGAAGCUGCGCAAGUUUGUGUUCACAGAUGAGAAGAGGACCCACCUGAAGCUGGAGGGUCUGGAGGACUGUCGCAUCCUGGCAGGAGACGACGACCUGGUCUCUGACACCCACGGGUGCCCUGCCUACGUCAGCCCCGAGAUCCUGAGCUGCGGCGGGGGCAGCGGCUCCUACUCCGGUCGCCAGGCCGACGCCUGGAGCCUGGGGGUGAUGCUCUUCACCAUGCUGGUGGGCCGCUACCCGUUCCACGACCCAGACCCGGCUGCGCUCUUCUCCCGGAUCCGGCGGGGCCAGUACUGCCUGCCAGAGGGCCUGUCCAUGAGGGCCAAGUGCCUGCUGCGGAGCCUGCUGAGGAGGGACCCCGCCGAGAGGCUCACGGCCGCGGAGGUGCUCAUCCACCCGUGGUUGAGAACAGGCACCGAAGAGGACACAGCCAGAGGGGGGGAGCAGGAAGUGGGCUCCGCGGACCAGGCCGUGCCCUCAACAGACUCAGAACCAGAGGAUGACCACCUCUUCCUCUAAUGGACCUGACCUUCACGUUGUUUUGUUGACGUUUUUCUCCCCCAAAAGACUUCAAUUGUUUUGGACCAAAGAAAUGCUCUUAUUCUGAAGCACUAGUUUGGGACACUUAUUUUUUUGUAUUGUUGUUGGGUGUUUUGUUGUUUUUGUUGUGGGUACUUAAGUAUGCGUUUGUGCCCUCAUGCGCAAUGUACUGUCGGUUCUGUGGUGGUUUUAAGGGCAUUCAUGCGUUCAGCCGGCGUGUGUGUGUGUGUGCACGGAGGAAGAAGACAUUCGGUGCUAAUGAACUGCUCACUCUAAGAGCAGCACACACACACCACACUUCGAGGGUCUGAAGGAAAUGAAGAGAAACUCCAGAAUGAAAAAAGAAAGAGCCAAAGCUCUAAUGUCAAGCUGCAGCAUCGCUGUGAUGACUCACAUCAGGCCAGACCUCAGGAUUCACAACACAUUAGCUAACACACACAGACACAACACACACACUGCAGGCCAGAGGCUAUCAUUGACUCUCACACACACACAC